GAUUUUAGCUUGUCCAUCGCAUGUACAGGAUUUUAGCUUCAAGAAUCCGUUAAAGAAAACCCUAGCUAGUUUCUCAUCAGUCCAGUAGAAGAAGAGAUUGGAUGAAGAUGGCGAUGGCUGCUCUGAUGCGGGAAGGGAGGCGUUUGGGCGCCGCUCCGUUUUCUUCUACCAACACUCUCAUUGCGUACCGACCAUCUAUUGUCUCUAAUUCCGAGGAGAUAUGCUCAAUGGGAGUCCGCUUUAUAUCUACUCGAGUCGGUCUAUCUACGUGCAAGGAAAAUAUCAUGAUGGGCUUAAGAAGAUUUUCAACAUCAGUCCUAACUCCUGAUUCUGGUGAGGGUGAAUUUCCUGCGGAUUUAUUGACAAAGAAGCGUGUUUUUGCUCCUGAACGUGAAAUAGGACUCUGCCAGGACCUGGUUUUUCCAGUAACAAACUUCCAUAAUGAAGAUAUGGGCUUAAUGGUGUUGCCUGGGGAUGUUUUUGAUGUACCGAUUAGGAAGGACAUUAUACACCGUGUUGUAAGAUGGCAGCUUGCGAAGCGUCAGCAGGGAACACAUUCAACUAAAACUAUUAGUGAGGUCAGUGGAACCGGAAGGAAGCCUUAUCCACAGAAAGGUACAGGUCGGGCAAGGCAUGGAACACUCCGUAGCCACCAGUUUCGUGGUGGUGCAACUAUGCAUGGCCCAAAGCCCCGAAGUCAUGAGAUCAAACUGAACAAGAAGGUUCGUCGAUUGGGUCUCAAGAUUGCUUUGUCUGCGUACGCAGCGGAGGGAAAGCUCAUGGUUUUCGAGAAUAUGGAUGUACCCUCACACAAAACCAAGAACAUUGUAAGUUAUGUUCAGAAGAUGGAGAAUACCAAGAAAAUUUGUCUGGUUGAUGGUGGCCCCAUUAGUGAAAACCUGAAGUUAGCCACUCAGAAUCUACAUUAUGUAAAUGUGUUGCCCUCUAUUGGGUUAAAUGUUUACAGUAUUCUGCUACAUGAUACAUUAGUCAUGUCACGCGAUGCAGUAAAUAGGAUAGUCACACGGAUGCACACUCCAAUCAAUCGCUAGAGGAGCUCAUCAAAUUGAUGAAAUGAGGUAGCAGACAAGCCGAUGUUUUUUAUUGCAUCAAACUUGCACGGAAAGAUGUCCACUGCCACCUCUAAAUAAAGUAUACGACUUGGAGCAUAUGAGCCCUACUUUCUCCGCUCACUUUUGUAGUUUAGGUGUGCAAGAAAUUAAGUUUAAUUCUUUGGUUACAUAUAUUAUUCCAUCGGUUAUUUGUAAUGAGUGUGCUAUUUAUGCAUCUUCAUUCCUCAAGUGAAUGUUUGGGGAUUUCUUAAGAAUAUGGCAAAUAUGGAGUAAUAUGGAAAGCUUUGACAGUUUGACUCAAGAAACGGAGCAGAUGAAAAGUCUAAAUAAAGCAAUAGGGAAGCCCCAUCCAUUA